UAUUUCUAAUGGAACCACUCUUAGAUCCAUGCAAUGAUCGGCAAGUAACCUCGGUUGAGCCUCCGCCUUCACUUCCGCUCUCUGAUGAAGUUAUGUGGGCUGAGAUGGACCUUCCUAAUUGGGAAGUAAUCCGAGAUCAUUUGAAAAAGGAAGGCAAGCUCCUUAAGGAGCAGGUCAUGAGACUGUGUGAGGCAGUUCUUGAAAUCACUAAGAAGGAACCCACCCUUGUACAUAUAGAAGAACCUAUCUGAAUUGUUGGUGAUAUUCAUGGCCAGUACUAUGAUCUGUGUCACAUGAUCGAAAAAGCAGGGAAACCAAAGAAAAUCAAUUAUUUGUUUCUGGGCGAUUAUGUAGAUCGAGGAAUAUUUUCAAUGGAAGUGGUCAUCCUCUUACUUGCUUUAAAAAUUAAUUAUCCAGAAAAAGUUAUCCUUUUGAGGGGAAACCAUGAAUGAAGAAAUAUGACUCAGCACUUUACUUUCAGAGAGGAAGCAAUCAGAAAAUUUGAUGAGGAGGUUUACCAAGCUGUUAUGGAAGUAUUUGACGCCAUGCCUCUAGCAGCACUUGUAAAUAAAUAAAUAUUUGGCCCUUCAUGGAGGAAUUUCACCUGACUUGAAGAACCUUGAUAAUUUUGAGAAAAUUAAUAGGUUCUCUGAGCCGCCUACAGAAGGCCUCUUUUGAGAUGUCCUAUGGUCAGAUCCUCUUGACGAAACAGAAGCUUUAGAAUGUGAUUACAAAGAUAAUGAGGAAAGAGAAUGAUCUUAUAUGUUUGGCAGAAAGCCAGUUAAAUAAACUCCUUGAAAAACAUGACCUCAUGUCUGUUGUAAGAGCUCACCAGGUUCAGAUUGAUGGUUACAAGAUGCAUCGUUGGGAUGGAGAAUCCAGCUUUCCUUAUGUUGUGACGAUAUUUUCUGCACCAAAUUAUUGCGAUUAUUAUUCAAAUAAGGCAGCAGUAUUAAUUUUGAAAGAUGAGAAGAUAAGUAUCAAGCAGUAUGAUCAGUCUGAGCACCCAUAUUUCCUUCCAGAUCAGAUUGAUGUGUUCACUUGGUCACUACCAUUCCUUGCAGAUAAGGUUAUCACAAUGCUGCAGUCAUUACUGGCGAAUGCAUCUCCUGAUGAGGAUAUGGUAGAUGAAGACCUUGAAUCCGAAGCCGUUAAUAAGGUUUUGGAGACAGCAGAAAAAUCUAAGAAGGCAGGAAUCAUGAAAAUGAAAGUGAAAUCUGUAGCAAGAAUGCAUAAGAUAUUCAGAACUUUAAAGGAAGAAAACGAACUGCUCCUAAAAAUUAAAGGAAUGGCUCCUGAUGGUAAGAUACCUCAUGGUCUCUUGCUUGGAGGAAGACCUGCGAUUAGAGACACAUUCAGAGAGUAUGCCCAAGCUAAAAAACUAGACUUUGUCAAUGAGAAGUAUCCUAAGUAAUCCUUCCAAAUGUUUAAUGGCUAAAUACAUUGAACUUUGAUAGAAUAUGCGAUAAUAGGCUCAAUC